AUGCUACAAAAGCGCACGGAUGAUGCCUUCGCAGCAGAUCCCGAGCGGUUGGAAGGAGUGCCUCGCCCAGAGCCUAUAACGGUCUUGAUGAAUCUUCGUACCUAUAUCAACAAUGUUCUCCGCAACAGCCAACUAAGCAAGACAAUUCAAGCUAACAAUAAGAGAUUCAUGACAAGCUUUGGUGUCAAUGGAGAGCCGUGCCGGGAUUUAUUUGAAUAUCUAGGGUUCACUUUCAGGAGGGAGGGCGCUUGGGAUCCUCCUCGUUUGGCAGCAUGGGUGCAAAACCAAGUAUUAUACAAAGACCAACAGAAGGUUUUUCUCGAUGAUAUCUUCCACGAGCUAUCUGCGCUCAUAGCGGCACGGCCUGCUACGGAGAAGAAGGGCAAUCACGAUGAUUAUACCUUCCAACCAGCUGUUGAUGACUUAUACUUUGCGGUAGACGCUUUUGACUACCUCAGAGCGCCGAGGGUCAAUGAGUUUCAGAUGGCGCCCGCUCCAUACUACGAAGAUUUGGGUGUCGUUGAGGAUAUGUUGACGUCUACGAUAAUCGAGGCAUUUAAUCGCCAAGUCGCAGUUGAUCCGGGGCGGGCUCCGGGCUACUUGCAGUGCCUUAAGGAGAUAGGCUCCCUUCGAGGCGGAGAAGAUGCGGAGGCAAUAAACCGUGCUGUCGAGACGGCAUACUCGGAAGGAAAUUUAUACACCGAUGCAGACAUUACUGAAGCAUACAAGUACUUCGGUCUUAGCCGUGAUGACCCGCGACUUACUGAGGACAGCAUUAUUGGAACAUUCUAUGCCUACUUGAGCUCUACUCCUCAGGAGACUGAAACCCGCAGACAACUCUGGAGGAUAGGUGACAGUAGGAGGAGCGAGCGCAUCAAGUCUGCAGCCGAAGACAGAGUCGCUACACCAGAACAAGCUCAAGUCUUUCUUGGGGUCAGUGAUGACACCGCAGAUGAUUUCGUCAUGGCGAUGUUUACUGCAAAGGUAAACGAUAACCCAUCUUGCAGGGACAUCGCGCGGCGGGCCGUUGAAUUAAUAGCCGAGGCGCGGAAGUCCGAUGUGUUAAGGCACUUUGUCAAGACGGGCGAGAUGACGGCUGGUGAAAUGGAUGUGGGUGAUGCAUACCUGCUGCUGCAGAUACCUGAUCGCAACGCAGACGAGGGCGCCAUCAUGGCUGCAUAUACAAUCUGUGUCGACGAUGCCCCAGCACAAGCGGAAAAAUAUAAUAAGGCCUUGGCUAUUAUUGCAAAGGAAAAGAACAGCCCGCUCCUGAGCAGUAUGGUUCCUGGUCUCGCAGGGAAAUCUGAUCGUGACUUAUCCAAGUGGCCCGUCGGCUUGCAGAAUAUUGGCAAUACCUGCUAUCUUAACAGCUUACUACAGUUUUAUUUCUCUGUUCGUCCCUAUCGCAACAUGGUUCUAGAUUUUGAGAAUGUCAAAAUGGAGUUGGACGAAGAGAGCUGCCAGAAAAAGCGGGUGGGUUCCCGUGGAGUCUCGAAGAAAGAGAUUGAACGUUCGCAGAAAUUUAUCAGGGAGUUGCGGGCGUUAUUUUCUGACAUGAUUUCUUCUCCAAACUCGUUUGUGACUCCUGGCCAGGAGUUAGCACGCUUAACAUUGAUUAGCCCUUCCAACGAGGCCGCUAUCCGCCGUCGGUCAACAAUAUCAGCAGGUCGAUUCGGGGGGCUCGGUGAGCUCAACGGAAUGCCAGUUUUGGGUCCCUUGGGACCGCCGCCGAAGAGUUCGGAAACUGAAGCUCAUGUUCCGGCUCCAGAGCUGGAGAAGACUAAACCAGCCAGUGACGAAGAUAGUGAAGCCACACUUGUCUCUGAUCCAGUGAAGACUGAGGUACCGCUGGCUCAAAGUGACGACAAGGAGAACGAGCCACCCCAAGAUGAUGCUGUCAUGGUUGAUGCGCCGAAUGAAACUAUCAGAGCAGCAGAGAGCGUUGAGACCCAAACAGCGCAGGCUCAAGCUGACGCUACUACUAAGCCUCCGCCCGUACCCCCCCGACCUACUCCGCAAGUUGAUCCUCAGAGACAAAUUAUCGAAGAGGUUGAAAUAGGAGCGCAACAAGAUGUUACUGAAGUCAUCAACAACGUCCUAUUCCAGAGCCAAUGUGCCAUCCGAGGGCACGCUGUCGCACCAGAUGGAGAACAGCUUGACCAGGUGAAAGAUUUAUUUUAUGGGCAAGCCAGGUCUUAUAUUCUGUCCAACAAGGGCAAGCGAUCGAAGGAGGAGUGGUGGUGCGACAUUAAGAUCGAUGUAGCAACUGGGCCCCGUGACAUCUACGCAGCUAUCGACGGCGCAUUUGAUAUCCAGAAAGUCAGCGUUGAGGAUUCAGUGGCAGAACAGUAUGCUGCCAUCAGCAAGCUUCCUCCCAUACUUCAGAUUCAAGUUCAGAGAGUCCAGUUUGACCCUGUCAAGAAGCGGUCUUUCAAGUCGACCCAUCAUUUAGAUCUGAAGGAGAUUAUUUACCUUGACCGAUAUAUGGAUACUCAGCAGCCCGAAAUUGUGAACCGCCGGAAACAGGCUUGGGAGUGGAAGGAUACCCUGAGAAAACUCGAAGCCCGCCGAGCAGAACUCCUACGCCAAAGUGAAUCCGAUGGUCUCGACACUGCAACAUUAUUGAAAAGCGCCAAGGACAUCUUAACUGAACUCAGCGCCAUGAAGCAGGACCCCGACGCCUCUCAGGAUGCAAUUGAUGUUGACCCUCAACUCAUCCCAGAGCUCAGUCGACUCGAGCAGAAGGCACAAGAUGAAAUGAAGCGCCUGGAACAAGAAAUCAAAAAUAUCCAGGCAAUGAUCUCCAACCAGUUCGUCGACUACAAACAUCUGCCCUAUCGUCUUUAUGCUGUCUUUGUCCACCAUGGGUCGGUCGAAUUCGGACACUACUACAUCUAUAUCUGUGACUUUGAGCGAAAUAUUUGGCGCAAAUACAACGACACCUACGUAACUGAAGUCAGCGACCUGGAUGAGAUAUUCAAAAGCCAGGAUCGCCACAACCCUCCUACGCCAUAUUUCCUGGUCUACGUUCAUGACGGAUUGAAAGAACGCCUUGUCAGUCCGGUAGCCAGAGAGAUCGUGGAGACGACACCAAGAAGCGCGCCAGAACCGACCACCAGCGGCGCGACGCCCAUGGAAGGAGUGAUUUCGUCGAAAGAGCCGGAGGAUGUAGAGAUGAAUCCACCAACAUAUGAUGAGGUAUACGCUGAGGGCGGUGCAUCAGGUGAGGGCGCAGAUCCCGAAAUGAAGGAAAAAGGGAAAUCAUUGCUGGCGGAGCGCGGCAAGACUCGAUCAUGGGCACCUGAUGGGACUGACAAACCUGAUGUGAUAUGGUAG